AUAACAAGUUGAGUGAAAUUAAUUAAGUGUGUGUUCAGUUUAAUUAAGAAGUUAAUUAGCAAGAAAAUAGAUAAUUAUGGGUUCUCUUAUGGCAGGUUGGGACUCUCCUGUUUCUGAUCCUCAAGCUAUGAAAUUCCGAAAAAAUAAGUCAUUAACAAAGGGAGAGAUAGAUGCAUAUUGGAGAUCCAAAAAACUAAUAGAAGAAGAGCAUCAAAAAUAUAUCUCUACUUUAUCCCCUCGAAGCCAAAAUCAGGCAAAUAUUGUAUUUGAGGAGGCAACUAAAACAGCGGAAGAAAGUCUUUCUAAUUUGGAAAAUCAGGAGAGUUUAGAUCAACUAAUCAAGAAAAAUGGAUGGUGGAUAAGUAGCAAUUGGGCACAUUUAAAUGAGCCACCAGUGAAAGAACCAGAAGGUGCAGCUUACAAAUACGUGUCACAAUUUCACGUAGCCAACAUGGCUACUGGAUCUAACACUAAACCCGGUCCGACCGGAAUCAACGCUUGAACCGUCGUUUGGCUUUAGACCGGUUGCUACUAAGUUUUUUUUUUUUGUUAAUUUUAAUUUUUGAUGACAAGCUACUUUUAAUUUAGGCUUUAAUUUGUGAAAGUAUUGCGUCUAUGUAUAAUUAGAGUUUGUAUUAAGGUGUCGAUGCUUGUAAUGUUGGGACAUACAUGUCGUUGUAACAUAUUUUUUUGUGCUACCUACGACAAAGGUUAAAAACAUAAUGUAUGAUAUAUAUUUUUUUUCGUGAAA